AUGAACAUGAAGUGGUUUGCCUCUUUAUCUUUUUUAAUCCUUCUUGAGAGUUCCAAAACUGACAGUCAAGAUGUAUGGGUAAAGCUUUGCGGUCGUGAGUUCAUUCGGAUGGUGGUCACAUCAUGUGGGAGCUCUCGACUUAAACGACACACGCCUGAUUUCGACCAUCCCUUUGCAAACCCCCACAGGAGUCUACAAAAUUGGCUCAACAGAGAUCUCUUUGCUUUCCAAAAAGAAACCCCGACUGGUGAAGACAAGCAGUCAAGUAUAAAUGACUCCCCUGACAGCGUGACAGAACAGCAAGCCUCCCACCAGCACAUGAGCCCACCAGCAGAGCUCCUGGAACACUCCACCACUAUGCAGGAUAUCAGCUUGUCAUCCAUUUGCUGUACUUUGGGAUGUACUAUGAAUCAACUUAUUCAGUACUGCUAA